AACAAACAGACAAUCCCCCAAAAAGCUUUGCUUUCAUGUCAUUACUUCUCGAAUUAUUUUGUGCUUAAGUUUAGUACAAUUUUUGACGAGAUUUAUCUCAAUGACUGAUUAUCGUUUAGAAUGGAUCAAAGACAAAGUCACCGAGUAUUUUGGCCUCAACUCAGGGCGGUAUUUCGACGCCAUGCUCGAAGCAAACGACGGCGAACUCGAGGACCAAAUGAACUCCCUACUAGACGACGAAAUACCUGAUGUCGACUCAGAACGUCGUCUUUUCUACGUUUACAAAAUUAAAUAUGAAAGAUUAGUAGACGUUGAAAUUCAAGUCAUGGAGCGGGUCCCAAUUGUGCCGCUAACUGACGCCCACGUUAAAAGUAAGAAAAAGAAAUCAAUUAGUGGAUUUGAAGAUCUUGAUAAAAAGAAAAAACACAAAAAGAAAAAAAGCUCCAGUGCCAUGUUCAAAGCUGGUGUAAACGAUGAUCUCGAUGAAUACGAGGAAGAUGAGUUUGAAAGAGAAACUCAAGUUCGGGGUGAUGGUGAAGAAGGUGGCAUGAGUAUGGCUUGGACCGAAGAAUCUAUGGUUCAAGGUAUGACCGAAACGGAAAAUAGAAAUUUGUCUUCUGUUUCUGGUACUGUUUCGCCAAUUCGCUCUGGGUCUUCAAUCUCGCCGGUAGCAGAUACUGAAACAUAUGCCGAAUUCGAAGAAGACGGUGAAGGUGAAGAGGAAGAGGCCGAAGAAGAUGAUAAAAAGAAAAAGAAAGGCAAUAAAGGUAAAAAGGGUAAAAAGGACAAAGAGAAAAAAAGAACAUCCAAUUUGAAGAGGGAAAAAAGUGUUAAAUACUCGAUACCCCAAGCUGUAGAAGCAGAAUUUGAAUAUGUUCCCGUGACGAAAAUUGUUCAGGAAACUGAAACAAAUUAUACGCUAAUAGGAAAAAUCGGAGACAUGACUGAUGACAAAGAAUACUAUAACCGGAAGUACAUCUAUGUUUUACGAUUGGGCGAACAAGGAAUACCAAAUUUUGAUUAUAAAGAAGAUGCAGAAGCGGAAAUGUGUAGUUAUUUCGUAAUGGGCUCAUGUAAUGGAAAACAACUGCAAGGAUUACUACAACAUAUGGUUGAUGCUCAGUGGAAUCUAAUAAAUAAAAUACCUACUUUGGAGGAACGUCGUCAAAGUGUAGGUAAAAGAAGUGUAUCACGGAUUAGAUCACGUUUGCGUACUCAAGGUCCAAGCGAGAUCUUUGGCGAACAGAGUGUUGUUUCUACUUCGCCAACACGAUCCACAAUUGUAGCUGAUUCGAUUCCAUUUGCACAAGACGCAAAAGAUGCAAGCGCUUUCAGUGUGAGGAAUGACCCGACAUCAUUAAUGAGUAUGCAUCGCACCGCAUCAAAUUCUGCAAUGGUUCAAAACAUUGAAGAUAUUCAGGCGGAUUAUGAAGAGCAACUACAGAUGAAAGAGGAGCUGUUGAAGGACUAUCAAUUGUUGGUGGAAAAUAUUCGUUGGACUUUGGAACAUAUUGAAGAUGAUACUUCUAUGCCAGUAGCACAGUUUCCUGAUAUUUUUAGUCGCAGUGAUCAAAGUAUUAUAAAAGAUCAAAAGUUAGUUGCUGCUUUAGAAGGAGUUAUUUUUCAUUGGGAGAAACAGAUUAUGCGCACAAUUGAGACGUACAAUGCAAAGCAACCAAAUGGCAAUGGCCCCAUUGCGGAAUAUGAUUAUUGGCGUGAACGGGAAGCAGCCCUUAGUGUGUUAUUUGAACCAUUAAAGAAGAAUGUAUUUCACAGAAUCACAAAAAUUUUGGAAGCAGCAGAUUCACCUAUUAUUAAUGGUUUCCAAAACUUUUUCGAAGAUUUGCGUAAAGCGUACUCGUUGGCUAGAGAUAACGUAAAAUUUCUUUUUACAAUCCUACGACAUUUUAAAACGAUGACAUACUGUGAAGAUUUUGUAAUCACAAAGGAGGCAAUACCACAUCUUUAUGAUGGCCUUCAACUAAUGUGGGUGUUGUCGAAUAAUUAUUGUAUUGAUGAGACAAUGGUACCGCUACUAGAGCGUGUCUCUUACGUAUUAUGUGAGAAAAGCAGAGCUGCUUUAGAUAAUAGCACCUUAUUUCGAAGGCCGAUUAAGGAGAUUACUAAACUGGCGCAAGAAACUCGUGAAAUGCUCAAGACCUGGAAAGAGUGCUACCUGGAUACCCGUGAAAAGAUUGAAAUGUCGGGAAAAACCAAUCGCUGGGAAUUUGAUAAGAAGAAAUUAUUUGGUGAAUCGGAUUAUAUUAUACUGGUUUGUAAAGAUAUUGAAAACAUCGCUGAUAUUAUCGAUCAAUUUACGAAUAUAUUUGGAGCUGAAAUGAAAUCGAUUAUGACAGAUCCGCAAAAAAUUGAUGAUGUUGUGCGAAAAUUAGAUUCAUUGGUUUAUCCGAUUGAGGUGGCUGAUUUUGAUAUAUUUAAAGAGUCGUUUAAAGAAAAUUGGCAACAGAUUAUGACACAAUUUGGUAAAGAAGUCAAGAGUCUGGAACGCACCGCGACGGUUUUUAUCGAUCAAAGUUUUAAAGUUCUGCGAUCGGCCGAAAGUGCACUUGAAAAACUUUUAAAAUUCAAACAUUUACGUACACGUAAGAUUAUCCAUGAACAACUAAUGUCCAAGUUUGAGAUUGUUAUGGAUCAGUUUAUCAAAGAAUUGGCCACAAUGGAGAAUUUAUUUUUACGCAAUAAACGUAAUCCGAUUCUUUGUCGCAAUCAUCAGAAACAUGGCGGUGCUAUUUUCUGGGUGCAACAAAUGUUUGCAGCUGUCAAGAAACCAAUUUUAAAGUUUCGUUUUGUGGAUGAGUUGAAAUCUUCAAUUUUAAAGGUGGAAGCAUUCAAUAUUUACGUAAAACUUGCCAAAUCAUUGAAACAGUAUGAAGAGUCGAAAUACCAUGAAUGGGUAGCUAUUUCAGAGCCGAUUGCAAAGGAAACUUUGAAAAUGGACGUAUUAAGAUUAGAAAGCACCUUGUUUAAAAGUAAACCUCCCACUAAGCCAAAAAUAGUUGCAACUGAUUCAGCUUCUACAACAAAGGGGUCAAAGGGUAACUCACAAAUUGAAAUACAUCAAACACCAAAAACUGUAAAAAUUGGUGGCCAAAAAGCUGUUCAACAAUUUAUGAACAAAAUCAAGGGCGGAAAAAACGUAACAUGGAUCGACGUGAUUGGCACCAACACUCUAUCGGAAGAGAAUCUGCGAUUUGUGCUAAACUUUGACGAGCAAAUUUACGAUGUCAUCGCUGGCGCCGAAUUAAUUCAACUCACCGGAUACGAUAUCCCAGACUCUAUUACCUAUGCCAGCAUGCAAAAAUCUCGUCUUCGAGCGGAUGUAGAAUCGGUGCGCACAAUGGUUGAUACCUAUAAUGACACGCUAUCAAAAUUAUCACAAGCCAAAUUGAACUUUUUACGUGAUCAAAUUCGCGACAUUGAAGCACAUAUGCAACCUGGUUUAUCACGCAUCAAAUGGACUUCGUUAAGUAUAAAAGAAUAUGUUGAUGAAUGCAACAUGAAGAUUAAACAUUUUGUGUCCAUAAACAAACAAAUCGAACAUACCGAACAACUCAUGAUGGACAAUCUGAACCAAUUAAAGAACUUCAAUUUGUUUACGUAUGUCAAAAGUUCUGAAUGCGAGGAGAGAUUGUCAUGCAAAGACUUUUUUAUUGCUAUGAGAGAUGUACGCACUGAAAAAGUUUGUCAAAUGGUUAAACUCUAUGGUACCUUUGGUCCAUUGAUCACAAAACUAGAAGCGUUAACCUUGAAUACUAAUACAGGUUAUUCGAAGUAUAUGAUUAUGUAUUAUGACAAAUGGGAAGCGACUUUGUUUAAUUGUUUUGCCGAGAUGAUAAUACAUAAUAUAGAAAACUUUAAUGAAGAGUUCGAAAAGAAAGAGUUGGUUUUUCAAGUGGAUGCCAUUUUGUUAUCGUCGACAGUCGGCCUGAAGCCUAGCCAACAGGAAACUUUCAACAUUAUCUCGCGGAGUGUGCGUGAAUGCCUUGAUAAAUUAAAAUUAUUUUCAAGAUGGAUGUAUUCUACUUGUAUUGAGUGCCCACCACAGCAAAUGCCCAACUCUGAAGACCAAUACGUAUAUUCGUUUUAUGAUGAUUUAACAAACAUUGUUGAUUUGCAUGAAGUGAUGCAACAGUUGCAGAAUACCAUUGCACACGCCAUUUCAGAUGCGCACAUGUACCUACAACGUUGGAAGCGAUUCAAUUUUCUUUGGAACUUUGAAAAGGAAUAUAUGAUUGAGCGUUUUGUAGCUAAAACAUACCUGAUUAGUGUAUUUGAUCACAAGUUUCAAUUCUAUAGCGAUAUUAUUAGUUAUGCCGAAACACAUCAGAAUUAUUUUGAUGUUGGUUCUAUCCGUGUUAAUUUACGACCACUGCUGGAUGUAAUUCGCGACCAUUCAGCUGAAUAUAAACAAAUGUUGGGUACCAAGUUAGCAGAACGUAUUAAAGAAGAUAUGAUAGCAUUCAAAGAAGAAAUGGACGGUUUGCGACAGGUUAUCGAUAAAAAUAUCAAAGGUUUAGAGCUGUUUAAAGCAAUAAUGCAAGCGAUUUCUACAAUUCAGAAGAAUAACGUCAAUAGUGAGCUGAGGUAUACUUAUUGUCAGCAGGUGUACAUGGUGUUGCAGAUGCAUGGUGUGAUAUAUAGCGAAGAAGACGAAAAGUUUUCCUAUCAACUUGAAGAAGAGUGGAAAGGAUUGUAUUCAAGCGCGUUGUGUCGAUCUCAGACGCUUGAAGCUACUAAAGAACGAUUUGCUGCGAUGACUUUAGAUGAAAUUCGUGUAUUUUGUGCUGAGUUAUCUUGCUUUGUUAAAAAGUUUGAUGAAGAAGGCCCAGGCGCCGUUGGCGAGGGCCUGGAUCUCGGUUUAGAACUAAUGGAUUAUUAUGGUAAACAUAUUGAUAUAUAUGAGGCACGACGAUUGGAAUUGGUCAACGCUGAAAUGUUGUUUGAUAUUCCACUUGCUGAUUAUACAGAGUUUUUGCGAUGUAGAACAGAGUUUGAAGCUUUGCAACUUGUUUACAAAGUGUAUGCAACCCAAAGAACUGCUAGAGAAGUUUGGGGUAGAACAUUAUGGGUGAACUUGAAUCCACAAGCAUUGGUUGACGGAAUUGAAGCGUUUAUGAAAGAUUUCCGUAAGUUGCCGAAAGCUGUUCGACAAACUGAGGUGGGCCAGACUUUAGAUAACAAUAUGAAGCAAUUUAAGAAUGUUGUACCUUUGAUGGUAGCGCUUAAAAAUGAUGCUAUGCGGGAGAGGCAUUGGAAACAGUUGAUGGAUAAAACUGGACAACACUUUGACAUGUCUGCGGAUCGUUUUACUUUAGAUAACAUGUUUUCAAUGCAGUUGCAUAGAUAUCAAGAUAUUGCCGAGGAAAUUAUUAACAACGCUAUCAAGGAAUUGCAGAUUGAAAAUGGCGUUAAAGAAAUUAUUGACACGUGGCAGACAUUACAAUUUACUGUUCAUAAACAUAUGAAGGGUACGGAUGAUAGAGGAUAUAUUUUGGGAGCAGUUGAUGAAAUAACACAGAUUUUGGAAGAUAAUUCGAUGAAUUUACAAAGCAUGGCUGGAUCUCAAUUUAUUGGUCCUUUCUUGGGAGUGGUUCAGAAAUGGGAGAAGAAUCUAUCAUUGAUUGGCGAAGUGAUUGAUGAAUGGUUCCUGGUACAGAGACAAUGGAUGUAUCUAGAGGGAAUUUUUGUUGGAGGUGAUAUUAGGUCGCAACUACCCGAAGAGGCUAAAAAGUUUGAUGAUAUUGAUAAGGCUUUUAGAAGAAUCAUGAUGGACACUGCAAAGAAUCCGAACGUUUUGGAGUGUUGUACCGCAACUGGUCGGUUGUUAGACUUUCAGGGUUUGGGAGCUGGUUUGGAUCGUUGCCAGAAAAGUCUUAAUGAUUACCUUGACUCGAAACGCAGACGCUUUCCAAGAUUCUACUUUAUAUCCACUGAUGAGUUGUUAUCUAUCCUGGGCAGUAGCGAUCCCGCGGUCGUACAAGACCAUAUGCUGAAAAUGUUUGAUAACAUAAAAUCAAUUCACUUGGAUUUUGAUAACCAAGAACGGCCGAUAGCGACCGCAAUGAUUUCCGCCGAAAGAGAGAUAAUGGAUUUCCGUAACAAUGUAUAUACUGAAGGUAAGGUGGAAGAUUGGAUGAAUGACGUCCUCAAUGAAAUGCGCAGAUCCAAUCGUUUUAUUACCAAGAAAGCGAUUUAUGAUUAUGGUAAAACACGUCGUCCUCGAACGCAAUGGAUGAUGGACUAUCAAGGUAUGGUGUGUCUUGCUGGUAAUCAGGUAUGGUGGACUGCUGAAGUGGAAGAUGUUUUUGAAAAGAUUUUGAAGGGCAACAAGCGAGCAAUGAAGCAGUAUUUAGAACAGUUGAAUAAACAACUUGAUGAUAUCGUAAUGACAGUGCGAGAAGACUUGAGUUCCAAUGAUAGGACCAAAUUUAAAACAGUAGCAACCAUCGAAGUGCAUGCAAGAGACAUUGUGGAGACCUUUGUUCGUGAUAGCAUUUCUACUGCGCAGGAGUUUGAAUGGGAGAGUCAGUUGAGAUUUUACUGGGUAAAUCAUUUAGACAAUUUAUGGGUCACACAGUGUACUGGGUCCUUUGAGUAUGGCUAUGAAUACAUGGGACUCAAUGGUCGUCUAGUGAUAACUCCAUUGACUGAUCGUAUUUAUUUGACUAUAACACAAGCUCUUCUUAUGCAUUUGGGGGGAGCUCCGGCUGGUCCUGCGGGUACUGGCAAGACUGAAACCACUAAAGAUUUAGCAAAAGCGAUGGCUUUACUGUGUAUUGUAACAAACUGUGGGGAAGGCAUGGAUUUUAAAGCUAUUGGAACAAAUUUAGCCGGGCUAUGCCAAUGUGGUGCAUGGGGAUGUUUUGAUGAAUUUAACAGAAUUGACAUUUCUGUAUUGAGUGUUAUUUCUACCCAGUUGCAAACAAUACGAAAUGCGUUGGUUGCUGCGACUAAGAAAUUUAUCUUUGAAGGAGUUGAAAUUGAUUUGGAUCCCAAAGUUGGAAUCUUCAUUACAAUGAAUCCUGGUUAUGCCGGACGUACUGAAUUGCCAGAAUCGGUUAAGGCAUUAUUUAGACCAGUAGUGUGUAUAAUGCCUGACUUGGAAAUGAUCUGUUUGAUAUCAUUAUUUUCGGAUGGUUUUCUACAAGCUAAAAUAUUGGCCAAGAAAAUGACAGUUUUAUACAAAUUAGCUCGAGAGCAAUUAUCGAAACAGUUUCAUUACGAUUGGGGUCUAAGGGCUUUGAAUUCUGUUCUUAGAAUGGCUGGAGUGUUAAAACGUGCAACUCCUGAUAUAUCUGAAGCAUUGGUACUAAUGAGAGCCCUGAGAGAUAUGAAUUAUCCCAAGUUUGUAUUUGAGGAUAUGCCUUUAUUUUUGGGUUUGAUACGAGAUCUCUUCCCUGGAAUGGAUUGUCCUCGAGUUGGAUAUCCAGACUUUAAUGCAGCCGUCGAGAAAGUAUUGGUCAAAUAUGAUUACAUUGUUUUGCCUGAACAGGUGGAUAAAGUUGUACAGUUAUAUGAGACCAUGAUGACUAGACAUUCAACUAUGCUGGUGGGACCUACUGGUGGUGGGAAAACUGUGGUUAUCAAUACACUCUGUAGAGCUCAAACUAUAAUGGGUUUACCAACGAAGGUUUACACCUUGAAUCCUAAAGCAUGUUCUGUUAUUGAGUUGUAUGGAAUAUUGGAUCCAUUUACCCGGGAUUGGACAGAUGGUCUUCUAAGCUCUAUCUUUAGAGAAAUAAAUAGACCAACAGAAAAACAAGAGAGAAGAUAUAUAUUAUUUGAUGGUGAUGUUGAUGCUCUUUGGAUUGAGAAUAUGAAUUCUGUAAUGGAUGAUAAUAAAUUACUAACCUUAGCAAAUGGUGAGCGUAUCCGAUUACAGACUCCCAUCUGCGCGUUGUUGUUUGAAGUGGGCGACUUGGCAUUUGCCUCACCUGCAACUGUAUCACGCGCUGGAAUGGUAUAUGUAGAUCCGAAAAACUUGGGAUAUCAACCCUUCUGGGAUAGAUGGGUGAAAACACGUUCCUGGGUAGCAGAAAGAAAUUAUUAUCAAGAGUUAUAUGAGCAGUACGUACCCACAUUAUUGAACUAUGUGAUUUUAGGCCAAAUAGGCCCUCAACAAUUUCAACCACUGAGAACUGUCAUUCCCCAAACCGGGCUCAAUAUGGUUGUACAACUUUGUGCCAUGAUUGAUGCUGUACUACCAGAUGCACCUGAUACAGUACAUGCGGAAGAUGAGGUACCAAAUGAAAGUCUUAUUGAGUGUGUGUUCUUGAUGUGUAUUUAUAACUCAAUUGGUGCUUCGUUGGUUGCCGAUGUAAGAGAUGACUUUGAUCAAUUCACCAAGAAACAAUGUGCGAUGAUGAACGAAGAGGAUACGUAUGCGGAUCCUGCUAAAUGUGGUAAAUUACCAAGCAGUUUUCCAUAUCUAUAUGAUUACUAUGUGGAUGUUAAACAAGAGGUGUGGAUUGCGUGGAAAUGGAAGGUACCUAGCUAUGAACAUGUUCGAAAUAAAAGAUUUUCGGAGAUUUUGGUGCCUACCGUUGAUACUGUUAGAGUUACAUACGCAUUGGAAUUGAUGAAUGAUAUCAAAAGACCCAUUAUUCUUGUGGGGGAGACUGGUACAUCAAAAACUGCUGUAAUACAAGACUUUCUCCGGUCUUUGAAUCCCGAAAAUUGUUUAUUAAUGAAUAUUAACUUUUCAUCACGAACUAGUUCUGCAGAUGUGCAGAGAAAUAUUGAAUCUGUGGUUGAGAAACGUACCAAAGACAUUUAUGGUCCACCAUUGGGCAAAAAGUUGAUUUGCUUUAUUGAUGACUUGAAUAUGCCCCAAGUGGAUGAGUACGGCACUCAACAACCAAUUGCUUUACUUAAAUUAUUAUUUGAAAAGGGUGGAAUGUAUGAUAGAGGCAAGGAUCUGAACUGGAAGAAUUUUAAGGAUAUUUCAUAUUUUGCCGCAAUGGGAGUAGCAGGUGGUGGUCGCAAUGAAGUGGACCCAAGGUUUAUGUCAAUGUUUACUGUUUUAAACUUGGCAUUUCCAGCUGAAAGUACAUUGUAUCAUAUUUAUGCAUCAAUUUUGAAUGGACAUUUGGAUCCUUUUGAAGAUGAAGUGCAAAUUGGUGAUAGAUUAAUUGAAAUGACUCUUUCCUUAUAUAAAAUAGCUGUAUCUGAACUUCCACCGACACCAAACAAGUUUCAUUACAUAUUUAAUAUGCGAGAUUUAUCCAGAAUUGUAGCUGGCUUGUGUUCAACAGUUCCACUACACUAUCACUCUGAUUAUCAAAUUGUGCGGGUAUGGCGUAACGAAUUUCUACGUGUUAUAUGUGACCGGUUGACUUGUGUUGAAGAUCAGGAACUAAUGAGGAAUCACAUGAUUGACAUGAUUAGCAAAAACUUUAUUCCAGCCCCAGUACCAGUAUCGUCAACAGUUGAUAUAGAUUCUGUAGUUUUUGUACAAGAUGAAGAAGUGGGCGACGAAGAGGAAGUUGAGCCAAGUAUAGAUAUUUUAGAAUAUGUUAUGCGUGAUCCUAUUCUUUUCGGGGACUAUCGCAACGCUGUCAAUGAAGAUGAACCACGAUAUUACGAAGAUCUUCUUGACUACGAGGCAGUUUACUUUCUAUUUCAAGAAAUUUUAGAGGAAUAUAAUGAAAGGAUGGAGCGAAUGGAUGUGGUGCUUUUUGAUGAUGCUUUAGAACAUUUAACACGGAUUCAUCGUGGUUUACGAUUGGAACGAGGUCAUGUAAUGGUUGUAGGAGUUGGAGGCAGUGGUAAAGCGAGUCUGACACGUUUGGCUGCAUUUACGGCUGGUUGCGAAAUGUUUGAGAUUGUCAUAUGCAGAGGGUAUAAUGAAGUUUCUUUAAAAGAAGACCUAAAGCGACUUUAUACCCAGUUGGGUGUUGAUGACAAACCGACAGUGUUCUUAUUUACUGCAGCACAAGUAACCGAAGAGGGAUUUUUAGAGUUUAUCAACAAUAUUUUAAUGAUUGGAUUGGUACCGGCAUUGUUUAGUGACGAAGAAAAGGAUAACAUCAUUGGCCAAGUGAGGAAUAAAGCUAGAGAUGCUGGAUAUAGUGUUGGAAAAGAUGGCGUUUGGCAAUAUUUUGUUAACAAAUGUACUGAUAACUUACAUAUGGUGUUAUCAAUGUCGCCCUCCGGUGAUAUCUUGAGUAAGCGAUGCCGAAGUUUUCCGGGGUUAGUAAACAACACUUGCAUUGAUUGGUUGUUUCCUUGGCCGCAACAAGCCUUGAUUGCUGUAGCUUCGGUCUUUUUAAAAGACAACAAAAAGAUUCCAGCAAAGUUUCGCCCGAGGAUAAUCGAACACGUAGUGUAUGUCCAUAAUAAUGUGAUUGAGUACACUCAAGAAUUUUUAAUUAAGUUAAGACGCAGGAAUUAUGUGACGCCAAAACAUUAUUUAGAUUUUAUUCAAAGGUAUUUGCACCUUUUGGAUGAUAAGCAAAACUUUAUAAAAGCGCAAUGCGAGCGUCUAAUGGGCGGCAUGAAGAAGAUUGAUGAAGCUAGAGCGGAACUAGAUGUUCUCAACAAGAAAUUAGCAAAACAAAAAAUUAUUGUAGGUGAAGCUACCAAGGCAUGUGAGUUGAUGUUAGAAGAAAUUGAAAGAGGUACAAAAAUAGCGCAAUCUAAAAAGGACAUUGCUUCGGAAAAAAGUAUUGAAAUUGAAGAGCAAAAAAAGAUUAUUGUUGUUGAAAAGACCGAGGCUGAUGCAGCUUUGUCGGAAGCACUUCCAGCAUUAGAAACAGCGCGAUUGGCACUUGAAGAUUUAGACAAAUCCGAUAUUACUGAAAUUCGUUCUUUUGCAACUCCACCGGAAGCGGUGCAAGUUGUAUGCGAAUGUGUUGCUAUCAUACGUGGUUAUAAAGAAAUCAGUUGGAAAACCGCGAAAGGAAUGAUGUCAGAUCCCAGUUUCCUACGUACAUUACAAGAGUUGAAUGUGGAUGCAAUAACAAUAAAACAACAGCUUGCAGUAAAAGCUCAUCUUAAAAAAUCAAACAAAUUGGAUGAUAUGGCUACCAUUAGUAAAGCUGGUUAUGGUUUACUUAAAUUUGUCAAUGCUGUAAUGGGAUAUUGUGCAGUUUUCCGAGAAGUUAAACCUAAAAAAGAAAAAGUAGAGCGAUUACAACAAGAGUUUGACACUGCAAUGAAGAAUUUACAAAAGUUAUACCACGAAAUCACAAAACUAGAAGAAGAUUUAUCAAAGUUGAAUGAAAAAUACGCUGUAGCUAUGAAGAGACGAAUGGAAAUUCAGGAAGAAACUGAUGUGAUGAUGCGUCGGCUUGAAGCUGCAGAUAAAUUAAUUACAGGUUUAAGUUCGGAACGAGUUCGAUGGUCUGCAGAUUUGAAGAAACUUCACGUUGAUCGAGAAAAACUGAUUGGUAAUUGUCUAUUGAGUUCAGCAUUCCUGAGCUACACGGGACCUUUUAGCUACGAAUUUAGAAAAGAAAUGAUUUACGGAAACUUUUACAAAGAUAUCCAAGAAAAUGAGAUUCCAUGUGCUGAGAACUAUAGAAUCGAAACUAGUUUAUCAACGGAUGUAGAAAUUUCCACAUGGAAUUCUGAAAACUUACCACCUGAUGAGUUGAGUGUUCAAAAUGGUAUUUUAUCGAUAUACGGCUCACGAUUUCCGGUUUGUAUUGAUCCUCAACAACAAGCAUUAAACUGGAUAAGAAAAAAAGAAGAAAAGAAUAAUCUUAAGACGUUGCACUUUAACGAUUCAGAUUUUUUGAAAUAUCUAGAUAUGGCCAUCAAGUACGGAUCUCCUGUUCUGUUUCAAGAUUGUGAUGAUUAUAUUGAUCCUGUUAUUAAUAAUGUCUUGGAGAAGAACCUAAAAACUAUAACUGGGAGAACUUUUCUAAUGUUGGGAGACAAAGAAGUUGAUUAUGAUCCAAACUUUCGAAUGUAUCUUACUACAAAGUUGUCUAAUCCUUUAUUUAAUCCUGCUGUGUAUGCAACAGGAGUCGUAAUUAAUUAUACUGUGACCAUGACUGGUCUGGAGGAUCAGUUACUCAGUGUAGUAGUGCGAAAUGAACGUCCUGAUUUAGAAGAACAACGAGAGCACUUGAUUGCUGAAACGUCGGAGAAUAAAAGUUUGCUAUCGACUUUGGAGGAUUCCCUGCUUAGAGAGUUAUCUACAAGUACAGGAAAUAUGUUGGAUAAUGUUGAGUUGAUUUCUACCCUUGAGAAUACCAAGUCAAAAGCUCAAGAAGUUUAUAUCAAGUUGGAAUUGGCUACGGAAACAGCAAAAGAUAUUGAUAAACUGCGUGAUGGUUAUAGGUCCGUAGCAAAACGUGGUGCUCUAAUGUUCUUUGUGCUUUCAGACAUGGCCACUAUCAAUGCAAUGUAUCAAUAUUCUCUAAUGUCAUAUCUUGAGGUCUUUGCCUUCUCUCUGAGAAAGUCAUUGCCACAUAAAGUGAUGGCAAAACGUUUGAUUAACAUAAUUGACACAUUAACCAAAAAUGUCUACGAUUACUGUUGCACUGGAAUUUUUGAGAAACAUAAACUGCUGUUUUCCUUCCAAAUGACCAACAAAAUUCAAGCCAGUGCCGGAUUGGUUACUCAAGGAGAACUGGAGUUCUUUAUCAAAGGAUCAGUUAGUUUAGAUAAGUCUACGAGGAACAAACCUGCUCCAUGGAUUACAAACCAAGGAUGGGAAGACAUUCUAAAAUUGGCUGUGGAUUUCCCAGAACCUUUCUUCAAUUUACCUACUGAUGUAGAAAAGAAUAUUGACGAAUGGAGAGAGUGGUAUGAUUCAGACCAACCGGAAUCCAUACCUUUACCGUGCAAUUAUUCUGAAGACCUGCCAUCAUUUUAUCUCUUGAUGAUUCUCAGAUGUUUUAGAAUUGAUCGCAUCUUUAGAGCAGUAAGCGAUUACAUUUGCAUCACUAUGAGCGAAGAGUUUAUAAUGCCGCCAACAAUAUCACUGGAUAACAUUUUUGAUCAAAGUUCUCCAACUACGCCUGUUGUAUUUAUCCUAAGUCCUGGAUCUGAUCCCACAGCUGAGUUGAUGAAACUUGCCGAGCGGGAUGAAGCAGAGUUUAAGUAUUUAUCACUUGGACAAGGCCAGGAAACUAUUGCGAUUGAUUUGUUGGACCAGGCAGUCCAAAGAGGAUAUUGGUUAAUGUUUCAGAAUUGCCAUCUGUUGCUUAGUUUUGUGCGACAGUUGGAGAAGAUUAUCGAACGGAUGAGUAAACCUCAUCCAGAUUUUCGUCUGUGGUUAACAACAGAUCCGACAAACAACUUUCCAAUUGGAGUGUUGCAGAGAUCAUUGAAGGUUGUUACCGAACCACCUAAUGGUUUAAAGCUUAAUUUAAGAAAUACCUAUUUUAAAAUGCGGCCCCAGACUUUGGAAUCUUGUAAACAUGUGGCUUUUAAGUCGUUAAUUUAUGUUUUGGCAUUUUUCCAUGCUGUGGUUCAAGAAAGGCGGAAGUAUGAUAAAAUUGGUUGGAAUAUUUGCUAUGAUUUUAACGAAUCUGACUUUAAUGUAUGUGUUGAAAUCCUAAACACAUAUCUAACUAAGGCCGUCAAGGCCAAGGACACGAGAAUACCGUGGAAUAGUUUGAAAUAUUUGAUUGGUGAAGUGAUGUAUGGCGGAAGGGUCAUUGACGACUUCGAUAGAAGAAUUGUCAAGGUAUACAUGGACGAGUAUAUGGGUGAUUUCUUGUUUGAUACUUUUCAACCAUUUCAUUUCUAUCACGAUGAAAAUGUGGACUAUACAAUUCCUCCGGAUGGUGAACGCGACGAUUAUUUGGCAUAUAUUGAUGAAUUGCCAUUGUCAAAUAGCCCUGAUGUUUUUGGUUUGCACCCGAAUGCAGAAAUUGGAUACUAUACACAAGCUACCAAGGAAAUGUGGCAGCACCUGAUUGAUUUGCAACCACAAACUGCUACUGUAGGCACUGGAAUUACUCGAGAAGAGUUUAUUCUGAACGUGGCCAACGAUAUACUUCAAAAGAUACCGGAAGCUUAUGAGAUUUACAAGGUGCGCAUGCAUUUUCAAUUGGCAAUUACGCCAACAAUUGUGGUACUUCUGCAAGAGUUGGAAAGGUUCAAUAAGUUGAUAUUGGCAAUGAGAAAAAGCCUUCAACAAUUGAAACGGGCCUUAGCUGGUGAGAUUGGCAUGGAUGCUGUAUUGGAUAAUGUAGCUUUUUCGUUAUUUAACGGUCAGUUGCCUGCAAACUGGCGAAAAUUGGCACCGGCAACCUGUAAAACACUUGGAGGUUGGAUGGAUCAUUUUGAAAAGAGGCAAUAUCAGUAUAUGACUUGGAUUGGUCAAGGUGAUCCAACCGUAUUGUGGAUAUCGGGAUUACACAUUCCUGAAACAUACCUAGCGGCAUUGGUGCAGAUCUCUUGUAGAAGAAACAAUUGGCCCUUGGAUAAAAGCACUCUGUACACUGCUGUGACCGAUUAUUUGGAUCCAUUGGAUGUUGAAGAAAGACCGGAAACGGGAACGUGUCUCAUUCACGGUUUGUACUUGGAAGGAGGACGUUGGGAUCAUGUAGAGAAGAGGUUACAGCGGUCAAGGCCAAAAGUUUUAAUUGAAGAAUUACCUGUGAUGAGCGUUAUACCAAUUGAAGCUCACAGACUAAAGUUACAGAAUACCCUAAGAACACCUGUUUAUACUACCUCACAGAGACGCAACGCUAUGGGAGUUGGUCUAGUGUUUGAAGCAGAUCUGGGAACUCCUGAACAUUUAAGCCAUUGGAUUUUACAAGGAGUUUGUCUGGUGUUAAAUACUGAUUAAUUGACGAAUGAAAGAUUAUUUACAAUUUUAUUUAAAAUAUUUUUGGUUCACUUAACAUCUGCAAUAAAAAAUGGGAGUCGUUGUAUGUUGAAACAGUCGUAACGCAGGAAUGAAGAAUUCUUCCGCACAUUUAUAAAAUUCUUCAUGCCUGAUUGUACGUGUUUGUUUUGAUUGUGCAAUGCCUGUGAAAUAAAAAUGUCGUAAGUA